CUCCGCUGCCUGGGCGACUUCGUCUGCCGCCGCUGCUACCGCCUGAAGGAGCUGAGCCCCGGCGAGCUGAUCGGCUGGUUCCGCAGCGUGGACCGCUCGCUCCUGCUCCAGGGCUGGCAGGACCAGGGCUUCAUCACGCCGGCCAACCUGGUCUUCGUCUACCUGCUGUGCCGCGAGGCGCUGCAGGGCGACCAGAUCGGCAGCCAGGCGGAGCUCCAGGCCGCCUUCCUGACCUGCCUCUACCUGGCCUACUCCUACAUGGGCAACGAGAUCUCCUACCCGCUCAAGCCCUUCCUGGUGGAGGGCGACAAGGAGCGCUUCUGGGACCGCUGCCUCGCCAUCAUCCAAGGCCUGAGCGCCAAGAUGCUGCAGAUCAACUCCGACCCCCACUUCUUCACGCAGGUCUUCCAGGACCUCAAGAACGAGGGCGAG